CACUUGUAUAAGAAAUAUGAAAAAUGGCGUCCGCGUUAGAAAAUUUGGAAACACAGUUAGAGCUUUUUAUUGAAAAUGUUAGACAAAUACGUAUUAUAGUGAGUGAUUUUCAACCUCAAGGACAAAAUGUAUUGAAUCAAAAAAUUCAAGGUUUAGUAAAUGGCUUACAAGAAAUAGAUAAACUUAAAUCUCAAGUUCAAGAUGUUCAUGUACCUUUGGAAGUUUUCGAUUACAUUGAUCAAGGAAGAAAUCCACAAUUAUAUACUAAGGAUUGUAUAGAAAAAGCAUUAACUAAAAAUGAACAAGUAAAAGGAAAAAUCGAUGCUUAUAGGAAAUUUAAAGCAAAUAUGCUUGUAGAAUUAACUAGAGUUUUUCCACAAGAAUUAGCAAAAUAUAGAGCAAUACGUGGAGAUGAAUGAACUGAAUAUAAAGUGAAUUAUCUAAAUCAAUGCAAUAUUUUUUUGUUAAUUUUUUUAUUGUAUUUUAAUCACUUAUAUAAUAAAUAUUUAUUAAACAAACAAACAAAUUUUUAUUAUAUGUGUCCUACAAUAUAUGUCCUAUGAACAUACAUUAUUGUAAUAUAAUUGUAAUAUAAAUUGUAAUUUAAAUUAUGCAAUAAAAUAUGAU